UUGCUGAAGCCCACAACUAAGUAUUAGUUCAAGGCACAAGCAAUGGCAGAGUCAAUGGGAAGAUUGCUGUCGGCGGUGGCCCUGAGCACGCUAAUACUAGUAUGUUGCACAUUGUAUUGUUCCGGAAGGUCAGAAGCCGGGAAAGUCCUCGCUCCAAGGAAGAACGUACUCUUCUUUGCUAUUGACGACCUCCGUCCUGACCUUGGCGCGUACGGUGCAGAUUUUGUCAUAUCACCUAAUAUAGACAAGCUUGCCAAGCGCUCUCUGCUCUUUGAGCGUGCAUACUGCCAAGUAUCUUUCUGCUCACCAUCACGAACAAGUCUUCUGACUGGCCGUCGUCCGGAUACCACACAUGUCUGGCAAAUUAGUGGUCAGGAGUACUGGAGGCAGGUAGUUAAUGCUACCUCACUUCCACAAUACUUCAAGCAGAAUGGUUAUGUUACCAUCGGCAUGGGGAAAGUGUUCCAUCCCGGUAGUCCAAGUGGCAAUGAUGAUAAGAAGUAUUCAUGGAGUCCGGAAGGCUUGCCUUACUACCAUUCUCCGAUUGAGCAUCGCUAUGGACCAAUGAAUAAGACAAGUAUUGCAUGGGCUGCCGAAGGGUUUGAAGACAACCAGCUACCUGAUGGACAGAUUGCGGAUAAUGCUCUGAAGGUUCUGCAAGAGUUGAAGCAGAAUAGAACUGAGCAUGGCGAGACAAGACCAUUCUUUAUGGCAGUUGGAUUCCACAAGCCCCACAUCCCCUUCAUUGCGCCGAAGAAAUACUUUGACAUGUAUCCUCCGCAAGACCAGAUAGCUGUCCCGAAGCACAGAUUCCCGCCGACUGACCUACCAUACAUUGCAUGGAGCGUGUGGCCAUUCUUCCACACAGUUGGAGGUGUUGCACAGUACUUCACUGGGACUGAAUGCUUCACGAAUGCCUCCCAGGCUUACACGGAACGUUGCAUGAUGCCGAUCAACGCCACGCAGUACCUACGUAGAUCGUACUAUUCGGCAAUGACCUAUACUGAUGCACAGGUGGGAAAGGUCAUGGACAAGAUGGAGGAGAUGGGCUUUGACAAUGACACCAUUGUCGUACUGUGGGGAGACCAUGGUUGGCAACUGGGUGAACACGGCGAGUGGGGGAAAUAUACAAACUUUGAAGAUGGAACUCAUGUACCGUUCAUGCUGCGCGUUCCGGGUGUAACUGAUGAAGGCAUGCGCACGAAAGCACUAGUGGAGCUUAUCGACAUCUACCCAACACUUGCUGAGCUGACGGGUCUGCCAGCACCACCGCUCUGUCCUCCAAUGUCACAGAAAGUGGGUACAUGUGUGGAAGGUGUGAGCACAGUACCUCUCUUUCACAACACGACAGCGGCUUGGAAGGAGGCUUCAUUCUCUCAAUACGCACGGCCACUGUCUGGUCUUCCCAGCAUCCCGGGCCAUCCUCCAUUCCCAAAAGGCACUGAUGAAAGUGUGAUGGGAUAUACCAUGCGAACUGAUAAGUACCGCUACACAGAAUGGGUCAAGUUCAAUCAUACAACAGCGGUAGCCGACUGGACGGAUGUUUGGGGCAGGGAACUCUAUGAUCAUACCCUAGACUCGGAGGAGUUGUUUGACGACGAGAAUGAGAACCUUGUGGACAAGCCGGAAAUGGCUGAGCUUGUCAAAAAGCUGCACGCCAAUCUCCGUGAAGGCUGGAGGGCUGCUAUGCCUGCAUCCAUGCGCACAUGAUGCAACUUCAUCAUGCACUAAAUCCUUGGAAAAUCACAUUUCUUUUUUCUUCUUCCCCAGAUUCCAUUUCAGUAUCGUCCCCAUCCGGCUCACACUUCGGAGACGGAGAGUGUUAUUUGGGUUGGACGGUCUGUAAGGAAUGUUUCAUGCCCAUUUUUGAAAAUACACAUUAAUACACUGGUACAUUUAGUAACUCAGUUACUUACCUUGAUUGUAGGAAGUAGUUUAGAGCACACCUGCUCUUUUCCAUUCACUCUGCAACAAUAUCGAACUCGUUUUAUCAAUUCUUAAAACGUUUCGGCAGAAUUACCCUCA